UGUGUCUCCACCUUCAAACUUCUUACGCAUUUGGACCCUGUUGGACUUCGGAAAUGGACGAAAGUAUCAAAUAACUGGACGGAUCUUGAUCGCUUUUUCAAAAUUGGUAGCUGGGUUCGUAACUGCUGUAUGCUUUUGCCUCCGUUUGCGAUGCACCUGUACUGUCGUUAUAUCAUACCAAUACAGUGGUGUCCACGAGUUUGCGUUUGAACGCAAUACAAGAGGCAUGUACUAUUUGCACUUUUGCGGCAUUUAAUACGUGUCUUUUAACAUAUGGACUUUUGUGUGACUUACUGCUCAAUGGAAUUACUUGUUUCCCACUGAGACCACUUGACGCCACUGCUUAAAAAAUGUCUCUGCGUAAUUGACUAUUUCGCGUUGAUAACAAACCUCGCAACGAAUAAGAGAAAAUUUGAUUCUUCUAUACACGAGUGAAAAAGUCUACCCAUUUGACUAUGGCUGUUCUCGGCUUUCAGCUGAUCACGACGCUUGUUGGCUCUGUUUUCUUAUCGAAAAUUGUGGCUCACUUUUCAUUUACUCGUUACGUAUACUCCGGCCUAGAGAGACGUGCCGUGCCCACUAAUUCGCAGCUCUUGGAAGCAUCCGGAAAUCAUCGCAUCAAGAGUAAAGGAAAGAAACGAAAGUCGGAGAUAAGUGGAACCGAUGGAUCUGGCUCGCCCGAUGUGUUCUACUUUCCUCGAACGGUGUCAUUGAAGUUGGAAUCUUGUCAAGUUUUCCCCUCAGAUGUGGCCACUCUCCCACUCUAUUCCUCCUUUCAGUGGUUGCUCGACUUCACCGUGUGUACCAUGGGAGUUUAUCUCGUCACCGAGAUUGCUCAGAGCACUGUGCCACUUUGGAUUGCUCACCUCGCUUUCAACAAACCCAUUCCCUUCUUUAUCUCUGGUAAUCAAAAUUCUCCAUCUUCAGGGGUGUUUCUCAUCAACAACAAGCUCAAUCUUAGUUUACUGUGGCUUACAUUGACCCUGUGGUUUACCGUGCGUACAAUGCUUUCCAUGACCGGCAUUUAUUUCCACUCCUCUCGCCAAACCGUUGUUCAAUCUAAUCCUCCUCAGUCACCCACUGUCCCUGGUACUCACCAUUCUGCUUCGGAUUCGGAUUCGAACGCUGAAUGGUUUUUGGUGCUGUCCGCUGCCUUCAUCUUCCUCAUCCUCAGUGGGUUUUUCCUGGCUUUGGAUGGACGUCAUUUUGACUUCGGCCUGGCGUCCGGUUACGCCAAUUUAACCAUGAACACCACAGCUUCCACAAAUGUGCCAUGGAUGAGCUGGGGAGCAUUUCACAUUAUCUUGGCAGUCACAUGCGCCACCAUUGGCGCUCUGCUUGUGUAUCCAGGACUUAAGUUUGGGCGAAUAUAUUUGGAUGCUGUGAGUCGAUUCACCACGCCCUGGUACAAGCGCCUGUUGUUCCACCUAACCUUCAUCUCCCCUUUGCUACCGAUCUUGUUGUGGAUUAAACCGGUCACCGAUCACCUGUUUCACGCUCUCACUCAGCUCGGUUUCCAUCCGACGGUGAUUCAGCGACCCGGUCUACAACUGGCGGUUUCCGUGGCCUGUGAGUUGCUCAGCACACAUUUGGACACCGUCCGACUUCUGCUUUGCGUUUGGAUUCUGCUCCUUCGCGUGGGCAUUACUCGAUGGUGUUUGCAGAUCGAGUAUACGCACGAAUCGCAAAUGCGCAGUGCAAACAGCAGUAAUUCCCUCAGAUUUGCCGAUUUCUUCUUUUUGUUUUUGUCAAUCCCAUUCUUUGUUGCUUUCCACCCGCUACUCACUGGGCUCAUCGGUUGUCAAACCCUGUCUAACGUCUCAUCACCAGGUGCUUCUCGUUGA